UGCAGUCUGCAGACAGAACAGACCCUCAGAGUCAGAAGUAAUGGGCUUUGAGAGCGUACCCGUAUCCUUCUCGUUUAAAGAAGCCAGUGGCAGCAGGUUAGUUACAUUUUAGGUUGUUUUGAACACCAACAAAUUUGUAUUCAAUCGAGACCCCUUUGGAAGGCCAUUUCAGUUGUAAGGCAUUGCACUUAUGGAGCCGGUAACGGUUAAGAUAGAACACGAACAAGAAGAGGAAAUAAAUUUCUCAAUUGGCGGAAACAUUUUUAUAAACAAUGAUGUUUCCGUAAAAGAAGAACCCGUUGCCAUGGCAUCUGGUAUGAAAUACUGUACCGAUGAGUAUAAGGGGGACGAAGCACAGCAACAAAAGGAUUUUUGGUCAAAUUUUAAAUCUCAAAAUGUGACGUUUAAAUGUGAAAUAGCUGGUAAAAUUGCUAAAAAGUUUAAAUGUGACAUUUGUGAUUAUGCAACAAAUCAUAAUUACAAGUUUGAAGAUCAUUUUUCAACCCAUGAUUAUUUUGAGUGUGGAUUGUGUCAUUAUGGAGCAAACAGUGCAAUCAGUUUGAAAACACAUUAUCUAACACAUGGCGUUAGUGUUUUUAAAUGUGACACUUGCGAUUUUGUCACCAAGCACAAACGCUGUUGGACAAAACAUCUUUCAACACACAAACAUUUUAAAUGUGACAUUUGUGAUUAUAAAACAAAUGCGAAAGAGGAUUUCAAACAGCAUCUCCUAACGCACAAAAUUUGUGAAGAAUUUAGGUGUGCCAAUUGUAAUUUUGUAACAAAGUCUAAAGGUGCUUUGAAACGUCACCUCUUAAAUCACAAAAAAUUUAGAUGUGGUAUAUGUAAUUAUGAAACAAAUAUUAAUUGCAAUUUUAACCAACAUUUCUUAAAAUAUAAAUUUAAAUGUGACUUAAAGAACAAAAUUUUUGAAGACUUUUCUAAGUGUACAAAUUGUGAUUACGCAACAUUUUCAAGAGCGAAAUUUAAACUACACGUCAUAACGCAUAAAAUAUGUCAAAAAUUAGAAUGUGACCAGUGUGAUUAUACAACGAUAACGAAAAGGAAUCUAAAACGUCAUCACAUAACGCACAACAGUUCUAAAGAAUUUAGGUGCGCAAAUUGUAAUUUUGAAACAAGGAAUAAGAGAGCUUUGAAACGUCAUCUCUUAGAACACAACAUUUCUAAAGAUUUUAAAUGUGACAUUGGUGAUGACGCUCAGAUCGUAAAUACAGUAUGCGACAGAAUUUUAUAGAAGUGUUUCAAUUCUGAGAAGAAAAUUAGUCUGUAUGACGUGUGUCGCAUAUGACGCCCAUAAUUGUGAUAUCAUACAGUUUUCAGUAAACAUGGGGCAAAACCCGUAAAUACUGAGGGGGAUCAUUAGAAGAUAAUUUUGAUUUAUUUCGUUUUACUCUGGUUGUUUUCCACAGUACACAAAUUUAAAACUUUAAGAUUUUUUAUUUGAUGCGUUACGAGGGGUUCGUCGAUUUUGAAUGUUUUAAAUUUGUAUACACCAAACUGAGCAUUUCCCACUUUGGGUUACAGGUUUACCGCACCAUUGUUCUAGAUGCCUAUAGCUUGUAAGAGUUUGGGCAUUUUGUAAUUGUUAAUUUUACACGAUUCUACUAUGUUAAAUGUAACUCAAACUAUUGAGAAAUGUGAUUGGUCAAGUACGAAACGUGGCACGACUCAAUUAGGCAUUAAUAGGUGCUAGUGUUACAAUUUGAAUUAGAAUGAUUUAUUAACUAGUAUGUAGAUCAAACAUUAUAUUACUUUAAAAUUAGUCUAAUCUUUGUUAUAAUGUAGUGGGGGAUUCAUCAUAUUUGGGAUAAAUAAUUAAUAAGUAGCGUUUGUUAUGAUUUUUCAAUUGAUAUACUAAAAUUCCUGCUAAACUCAGUUCAUACGACCCGUCUGUGGCAUUUUCUUCACUAUGUAGGUACCUAGACAGACGUUCUUGGUAUCUAUGGUCGGACUACCCGAUAGAAGUUAAGCGUGAAGUCGGAUGUGGUGGGGUAUACGCACUUCUUUUUCGUCGAUUGAGUCCGAUCUACUUACGAACUCACAUAAGUGGCAGUACUCGGGACCGAUUGACUACGGACAUGCGAACUGGUACCUAUAAUGAUUGAAAUGGCUUGCGAUUUACAGUGAA